CCUGCUUAGAUGGCUUUAUAAAUUGUUCUGCUUACAGCGAGCAACAGAAUUUUAAGAAGCGCAAAAGUGGAAACGCGAAGCUAGGUCGCGAGUCUGUGAAAGAUGGCUAAUUUUGUGGAGAGAGUUGUGCGCGUUUUUCUUUUUUGUGCUUCAGCUCAGUUGUGUUCCCUGGCAUGGGCGCAGUCAUGUCCAUCUCGAUGCAGCUGUCCGCAAGAACCACCGAUGUGUACACCUGGUGUGCAGCUCGUGUUGGAUGACUGCGCGUGCUGUCUCGUGUGCGCUCGACAGAAUGGGGAGGUUUGCUCAGAUAUGAACCCGUGUGAUAUUCGGAAGGGUCUACACUGCGAUUAUGCGGCUGAUGUUAACAAGAGGACAGGUGUCUGUAUGGCUCGUGAGGGAGACAUCUGCCUGUUCGACGGCGCCGUCUACCAGAACGGCGAGACUUUUUAUCCCAGCUGCAAGUAUCAGUGCACGUGCCGAGAUGGCCAGAUCGGUUGUAUACCGCGCUGCAACCUCGAUGUCAUGCUGCCGGGACCCGAUUGCCCUUUCCCACGAAAGGUGCAGGUGCCGGGGGAGUGCUGCGAGAAGUGGGUGUGUGACACCGAGGCGGAAGUUAGCCCCCUGGGUGGCCUCGCCAUGGCCGCAUAUAGACAGGAGGAGACCGUAGGAUUUAACACCUGGGACUCCAGCCUGAACUGUAUUGAGCAGACGACCGAGUGGGGGGCAUGCUCGCGUUCCUGCGGGAUGGGCACGUCCACACGAGUCACUAACAGGAACGCGCGCUGCGAGCUGGUCAAACAGAGCCGACUGUGCAUCGUCAGGCCAUGCGAAAAACAGCAGCCUCGACGGACACCAAAGAAAGUUAGCAAGUGCCUGAGAACAAGGAAGAGCCGGAAGCCUAUCCACUUCACCUUCAAGAACUGCACCAGUGUCCAGACCUACAAGCCACGGUACUGCGGCACAUGCAACGCCGGGCGCUGCUGCACCCCCCACAGCACCAAGACCGUGCAGGUGGAGUUCCGGUGCGCCCAGGGCAAGGCGAUCAAGAAGCCCAUGAUGUUCAUCAACUCCUGUGCUUGCCACCACCACUGCCCACGCGACAACGCCGUCUUCCACCUGAGAGACCUGGCGUAUAGUGGACUGACGAUGUAACCUUUGGCUCUCUGCUGCCCCCUAUCAAAUCAGAUGCUAACUGCACUUGUGUGCUAGGGGUGACUCCAGGGGGGCAAAGUGCUGCAGGAAAUUCACAAAUGGGUUGAUGGGAGGUGGAGUCUUGAGCUUGCCUUGGACAUGCUUCAAAAUCUCAAACACCAGACCCAUUAUGUUCUCUGAAUUUAAGCAAAUGGGUUUGAAGCCUGGAGCAAGUUGGUAUGUUGCAGAAAUAUCACACUACAGACCACACAUUACAUUACAUUACAGGCAUUUAGCAGACGCUCUUAUCCAGAGCGACUUACACAAAUUAAGUGCCUUGCUCAAAGGUACAAUGGCAGUGUCCUAUCCAGGAAUCGAACCUGUGACCUUUUGGUUACAAGCCUAGUCCCUUACCCACUGUGCUACACUGCCGCCCCACCACCCAUUACGCUGUCCUGUGACACUCAGCUUCCUUCAUGCACCCCAAUUGCAUGUGAUAACAUGCAAGUUUUUGGCAUUUGAUAUUGCUACAGAUUGAAUAGUUUUCUUGAUAUUUUUGUUAAAACAAAGGAAAUGGAAUUUCAUUUUCUGCCUCAUUAAAUAUAUUGGCAUCUUUGCCAAGGGGCUGCUAUAAGCUGGUUGACCCCUGAAGGUCUAGGGUUGGACAACCCUGAUCUCUGCUUUUUAAAAUGAGAUAUAGGCCUUAUUCUUAAAAUGGGGGCAUGUCUUACUGAAUCCUGACCAAUGUUCCAUUGAGUGGACCUCUGGAGUCCAAAAUGUUGACUUGACGGCACUGAGUCUUCCCAAGACUGUCACUUUUCCCCUGGCUAUGCAAAAGGUAAAUCAUGCAACCUAAGAUAAGAUUUGAUUCCUUCAUAGUGACCCGUGUCAAAAGCAGGCCAACUACGCUGGACAUCUAAACUAGUGGAACUAUUUUAGUACACUAAAAUACCUUUUAUUCUAAAAGACUUAUGCUGAAUAUGCCGGGGAAAACACAUGUAAAUACAUUGUAUAUUUUGUCCCUGUGUUUAUCUAAUGCAUAUUUUUUUGUAUUGUAAGCUUAUGUAUAUAUGAGUUGUAUAUAUAUUGUUUUAAUUACAUCUGUCAUACUCAGCUUUUCCAGCAAUGAUUAAUGAUGUUGUGCUACUUAAAUAUGCAUUAAUGCAUUGGUAUUAAAUUUGUAUUUUUUUCUAUAUAA